UGGCUGCGACAGUUCUCACUCUAUCGCAGUUCCAGCCAGCUGCUUUUUGCCGUAUUCACAGCAUUAGUCCAACGUCUCAGACAUCGAGUCCCCUCCGCCGGAAUGCGCGAUACAAACUCGGAAUGCUGUUGUCAGCCUUUGUUGGAUGAGUUCCAGCGUUCCAAGUUCUCGCUGCAUCACGAUGAGCCCGCGGACUUCUGUCGUUCCCAGUGGCAACGAGGGGAACGCUCUUGGAUCUGGCUAAUCUAUCGUUGGAUUUUCGCACUCUUUUUUGCCGGGGGUGUUCUGGGCAGUCUUAUUCAACACUUUGACGAGGGCUCAUGGUUCAUCUAUCUCACGGAUUGGGGUUUUGUUUUGUGUUUCUAUGCCUGCACCUAUGGCGCUAUAGUGGCCACAAUAUACUUCAUAAGGCCCAGUUAUUUUGAAUCCGGCAGUUGGGCCCUGAAAGUUUAUUGGGCCUCUCACUAUACGACCACUGUGCUGGCCCUGAUGAUAACAUUAGUUUUUUGGGUAGCCCUCUAUCCGACCAUGAAUGAUGGACCUGUUGGAUUGUACAACCUUUGGGCGCAUGCCUUCAAUUCAAUUGUAAUGUUCUUUGAUUGCUUUGUGGUCGCCUUUCCCACACACCUGUUGCACUUCAUCUAUCCACUUGUUGUCGGCCUGGUUUAUGGUCUGUUCUCUCUAAUCUUCUUCUGGUCCGGCGGCACAGACUAUUGGGGUAAUCGUUUUAUUUACUUCAUUCUGGACUGGCAAAGACCGGGUCUGGCAAUCGGCAGCGUAUGUGGCUGUAUUGUAUUAGCCCUGAUCUUCUGCAUAUUGAUCUUUUGGAUCUACAGACUCAGAUUGUGGAUCUACGAGCGAUGUGUGAAGCCGCAAACAACGGAAAUUAUGCAAACGAGACCCGCAACCUCUACGGAAAAAGUUUAAGCCGUUUAAAUACUAACACUUAGUGAAUUGAACAAUUAAUUAAAAUAUUUUUAUUUAAAA